GGGUGUAGGCUUGUGAAGAGCAGUCCGAACCUGGAGGAGCUCCUCAUUGUCCCUGGUCGAGACAAACCUCCCCGCAGCCUGUCCUCGAUGCCGUCAGCCUUGGCCAUCUUCACUUGCCGCCCGAACUCGCACCCGUUUCAGGAGCGUCAUGUCUACCUUGACGAGCCCAUCAAGAUCGGCCGCUCGGUGGCACGCUGUCGACCGGCACAGAAUAAUGCCACCUUUGAUUGCAAAGUGCUGUCAAGGAACCAUGCUCUCGUCUGGUUUGAUCACAAGACGAGCAAGUUUUAUCUCCAAGACACUAAAAGUAGUAAUGGUACCUUUAUAAAUAGCCAGAGAUUGAGUCGAGGCUCGGAAGAAAGUCCACCAUGUGAAAUUCUUUCUGGUGACAUUAUCCAAUUUGGGGUAGAUGUCACAGAGAAUACACGGAAAGUUACCCAUGGGUGUAUUGUUUCCACAAUAAAACUUUUUCUACCAGAUGGUAUGGAAGCCCGGCUCCGCUCAGAUGUCAUCCAUGCUCCAUUGCCGAGUCCUGUUGACAAAGUUGCUGCUAACACUCCAAGUAUGUACUCUCAGGAACUAUUCCAACUUUCUCAGUAUCUACAGGAGGCCUUACAUCGGGAACAGAUGUUGGAACAGAAGUUAGCCACACUUCAGCGGCUACUAGCCAUUACCCAAGAGGCUUCAGAUACUAGUUGGCAGGCUUUAAUAGAUGAAGAUAGACUCUUGUCACGGUUAGAAGUUAUGGGAAACCAGUUGCAGGCAUGCUCCAAAAAUCAAACAGAAGAUAGUUUACGGAAGGAGCUUAUAGCAUUGCAAGAGGAUAAACACAACUAUGAAACUACAGCCAAAGAGUCCCUGAGGCGGGUUCUUCAGGAGAAAAUUGAAGUGGUUAGAAAACUUUCAGAAGUUGAGCGAAGUCUUAGUAACACUGAAGAUGAAUGUACCCACCUGAAGGAAAUGAAUGAUCGGACUCAGGAAGAGUUAAGAGAAUUAGCCAAUAAAUAUAAUGGAGCAGUUAAUGAAAUUAAAGAUUUGUCUGAUAAAUUAAAGGUAGCAGAGGGAAAACAAGAGGAAAUCCAACAGAAGGGACAAGCUGAGAAGAAAGAAUUACAGAGUAAAAUAGAUGAAAUGGAAGAAAAAGAACAGGAGCUCCAGGCAAAAAUAGAAGCUUUGCAAGCUGAUAAUGAUUUCACCAAUGAAAGGCUAACAGCUUUACAAGUACGGUUAGAACAUCUGCAGGAGAAAACUCUUAAAGAAUGCAGCAGCUUAGGGAUACAAGUUGAUGACUUCUUACCUAAAAUAAAUGGGAGCACAGAAAAAGAGCGCUUGUUUUCAAAGAGUGGCGGGGACUGCACCUCUAUCCAUCAGUUCAUAGAAUGCCAGAAGAAGCUGAUUGUCCAGGGGCAUCUAACCAAAGUGGUAGAAGAAUCAAAGCUUUCAAAAGAAAACCAGGCAAAAGCAAAGGAAUCUGACUUAUCAGAUACUCUGAGUCCAAGCAAGGAAAAAAGCAGCGACGACACUACAGACGCCCAGAUGGAUGAGCAAGACCUAAAUGAACCCCUUGCUAAGGUGUCUCUAUUAAAAGAUGACUUGCAGGGUGCACAGUCAGAAACUGAGGCCAAACAAGAAAUUCAGCAUCUUCGCAAAGAAUUGAUCGAAGCCCAGGAGCUAGCUAGAGCAAGUAAACAAAAAUGCUUUGAACUUCAAGCUCUUUUGGAAGAAGAACGAAAAGCCUAUCGAAAUCAAGUUGAGGAAUCUGCUAAACAAAUUCAGGUUCUUCAAGUCCAGUUGCAGAGGUUACAUGUGGAUAUGGAGAAUCUCCAAGAGGAAAAAGACACUGAAAUCUCCAGCACGAGAGAUAAAUUACUUAGUGCUCAAGAUGAGAUUUUGCUCCUACAUCAAGCAGCAGCAAAGGCUGCUUCUGAGCGGGACACUGACUUUGCUUCUUUGCAAGAAGAGCUUAAGAAGGUGAGAGUGGAGCUUGAGAGCUGGAGGAAAGCAGCAUCUGAAUAUGAGAAAGAGAUCACAAGUCUGCAAAGCAGUUUCCAGCUUAGAUGUCAGCAGUGUGAAGACCAGCAAAGAGAGGAGGCCACUAGGUUGCAAGGUGAACUAGAGAAGUUGAAAAGGGAAUGGAACGCCUUGGAGACUGAAUGCCACUCUCUAAGAAAAGAAAACGUUCUAUUGUCAUCAGAACUGCAGCGGCAAGAAAAAGAAUUGCACAAUUCUCAGAAGCAGAGUUUGGAGCUCACGAGUGACCUCAGCAUCCUUCAGAUGACUAGGAAAGAGCUUGAGAACCAAGUGGGAUCCUUGAAAGAACAACAUCUUCGGGAUUCAGCAGACUUAAAGACUCUUCUCAGUAAGGCUGAAAGCCAAGCAAAGGAUGUACAGAAAGAGUAUGAAAAGACACAGACUGUACUCUCAGAACUGAAGUUGAAGUUUGAAAUGACUGAGCGGGAAAAGCAGUCAAUCACAGAUGAGCUCAAACAGUGUAAAGACAACCUGAAGCUCCUGCGAGAGAAAGGAAAUAAUCCCUCCAUAUUACAACCUGUCCCAGCCGUAUUCAUCGGCCUAUUCCUGGCUUUCCUGUUUUGGUGUUUCGGUCCAUUGUGGUAGAGAAAGAAACCCUGGCCCUGGAUGCCCAUGUUGGCGGCCCUGGUUGCGGUGACAGCAAUUGUGCUGUAUGUGCCAGGUCUGGCCAGAGCUUCUCCAUGACAGUGUGUCUUGAGUCUGUACACCGUCCUCCCUCUAGAAGCUGGCACCACACUCAUGCUGGGGACAAGCAGAACCAUUUUCUUCCUUUUUACCUCUUAAAACAGCAAAGUGCAAGAAUACAGCUGUAGGGUCAUUGCUUUAACUUAUAUAAAAUAUAUCUGUCUAUAGAGAGGUUAUAAAGUUGUGAAUUUAUUCGGUUUUACAUGUAAUUUUUAAAUUAGUAUGUUGAGAUUCUGAAUUAUUAUGGUGGCCUAAAGUAGGCUUCUUAGUGCACCAAAUUAUUUAUACCAUAAAUUUAUAGAUAUUUUACUCUGAAUUCUGAUGGCCACAUAAUUCAUUUUUCUGAUUCGAUAAUUACUCAAAUCAAAC